GUGUAGUGGUAUCAUGCAAGAUUCCCAUUCUUGCGACCCGGGUUCGAUUCCCGGGCGGCGCACCACUUUUUGUUGAUAAAACCGUCUGAUGGACUAAAGUAACUGAAUACAUUUCUGAAAAUGUACGAAAAACUUAUCUAAACUUGCACGCCGUAACUACUACGCUGUUUUGAUCGAUAAAUUCCCAAAGUUUGUAUAUACACAGUUAACUAUAAUGUACGUACAAGCAGGUGAAAAAACAGAAACAUUGGAAAAGUUGAAUAUUUGAUACUGCGGGGAGAUUAAGGAUGAAAAGCCAGCUAGCUCGGCUACAUUGCCUCGAGAGCAUCCAUUCCCUGCUGGCGCGUGGAACCUGUCGCCUGGCAACCAGCUGAAUGUCGUCUGUAUGCUUGUUUAUGUUGUUCAAAGCAACGGCGUAGACGAGAGAAGGCACCACAAGCUACCGAUUGCGUCGAAAUGAAGUCCGUUAAAUCUGGUCGAAGUGCGUCGGUUUGCGAGCUAAACUGUGAAACGACGGACGGAUGUCUCAGUAUGUGCGGCAUGUGCCCAUCUUGCGCCUUUGCCCCGAAGCCACCGGGCUCCACUCAGUGUUUGUGGAGGGUGUCGGAUGAAUUCAAAAGGAGAUUCGUCGUGGGGCUCGUUUUACGGUGCCAAAGCAGCAAAGUGCUUGAACGCAUCCAGACUAUGCUGAGUGUAACGUCGUGGACUUUACUGACAUACGCCAGGUCGAGGAGCCCAACUUCUCCUCAAGAUUACCCCCGUCGCAGUGCAGACCCAGGACGGGAGGGGAAACCACUUGGCUUGGACAUAAACGGGAUCUGGGACUGGUUCAAUAGCAGCCCCGACUGGAUAAAAUCGCGCUAUCUGUUCUGUCUUUUUUCAUUGUGUGACUCGGAACUGUUGCGCAUGGUCGCUAAUUUGUCCAGCGUGCUUCUGGUCAGACAGAAACGAGGAUUUCUGCAGUUGAAUGUGAGUAAUCGCUGCAGCACUGAACACGAUCAGGACAGUGAUGAAGACUUGGAGGAUCCUGCUCUUACGGUGGUGCCAGGAUCCUCAAGGUCUGUGUCUGGAGUCAGCAGAUACCGAGACUUCAUAGGCUGCCUACCUGUUGAUCUGUCAAAGAGGAUAUUAGGCCUGUUAGAUGAGCACACUUUGAGAAGCUGCCAGAAGGUUUGUCAGUCCUGGCAGCAUCUUGCACAGGAAACCACGGAGGAAGUCAAGUUCAGAAGAAUUUUUCAGGAUCAAGUUAAGGCAAUGAUGAAGAGGUGCAGAGUUAAUAUAGUCAGCCCAACCUACGCCAACAUCAUCGAAGUCCCUGUACCUGUCAUGGAAGAGGAGAAAGCGGACGUUCAUUCUAGUGUCCAAAAGGGGGAGCCAUUUGAAGCUGCUUAUGCCAAAGUCAAAACCAAGACAGUGCCAAUGGAAGAGCGAAAUGUUUAUUGUGGCGCACAUUUUACCACAGUGCUGCUGGACAAAGAAGACCCUCAUCGCGUGGUGGACUACAGAGGUGGAACUUUAAUGGCCACGGGCUCCAAGGACCGUGCGGUGCGUCUGCUUUAUGUGGCAUCAGAAACAAGCGUGGUGAAGGUGAUGAAGGGCCAUGUGGGCAGCAUUCGGGCAGUGCUGCUCUGUCAGCACCGAGACCUGGUGAUAACGGCGAGCUGCGAUGCCAGUAUCAGGUGCUGGAGUUUGAAGACAGACAGGUGUGUGAUGCUGCUGUAUGGUCACACUGGCACCGUCAACUGCCUGGAUGUCCAUGAGGACAGACUCGUCUCAGGAGCUAAAGACUGUCAAGCAAAAGUGUGGAGUCUACACACAGGAAAGCAGUUUGAGCACUUUAAAUUCAAGCACCCGAGUUCUGUUCAGUGUGUGAAGAUCGGCUCAAGGACAGUCUACAGCAGCUGUGAUCGGGGCCUCGUCAAAGUCUGGGACAUGGAGUCCGCAUCGCUGCUCAGGGUGAUUGAUGCCCACAGGAGCUCAGUGAAGUGCCUGUUCUUCGACGAAUGGCACUUCUUAUCCGGGGACUCUAACGGUCAGGUCAUGGCCUGGAGCGUCAGCUGUGACACUAAACACUGUCUUAUGACCUUCAGUCAUCCAAAGGAGGUAAAAUCUCUGACCCUCGUCUACCUCCGUGUUGUUACCGGCUGUGUGGAUGGGAAGAUUCGCAUAUUUAAUUUCCUCACUGGAGACUGUCUGAGAGACAUCACGGCAGAGGCUGAAACAGGCCGAAUAUUGUCCCUGCAUUUCCAUGACAACAGUAUAUUAGUGAACACGAAAUCCUGUGUGAAGCGCUUCCAGUUUGCCAAAGUGUUCUGGGAUUACACUGAGUCAGCAGAGGAAGGCCAAGGUGAUGUUUCAGAGGAAUCUGCAGCUUCGCUCGGAAAGCUUCCCGUCACGUCUGUCGGGGCCGAUCGUAUGGCGAAAGUGUCUUCGCCCAGACAGAAGAUGCAGAGCUGUAACAAGAAACCAGACAGAGAUGAGCUGCUUGGUCCCAUCCUCUUCCCAUCUACCACAGCUAAAUCAGCUCAAGCCACAGAGCGCUGUGCUAAAGAGUCAGUGAUGCUGAGCGAAAAGGCAACGCGUGAGCGGAUGAUGAGGAGGGGCCUUCAUCAUCCUCUGACACGCGACUCCCUCCUCCUCAGGGUCAAUGCCGUCCAGAGGGCGCAGCGCACGGACGAAGUCAGCGUGAACAUGGAGUGCAACGCAAGGCUGCGAGACUCCUGGGGUCCUCACACAUCUCAGGAUCCGCUGCACUCCAGGCCGCAGGCCCAGAAACAGACACAUCCACUGUGGUCCACAUGUGAGGGUCAGCCCAGGAGGGCCAAGACCUGCGUUCCAGUUUUAAAAAGAGCGGUCAGUCAAAUUAUGACAAACGUAGCCCAAGACCGAGCGCGGCGCAGAGCACAGCUUCACAGCGCUGACACACACAGAGCAAUCAAGACAGUGAGUGGACUCACUGCAGGUGCCACAGAGGGGCCACGGGCUCCUGAGUGCAGGCUCAUGAAGUCCUUACCUAACCCAGAAUACUCCAUGAAAAGCAGUACCAGCUUGCCAAGGAUCAGCAGGAUUUGGGCUGCCCACAGUGACCCUGCUGGAAGACUGCAUCCAGGCCAAGAGUGAUCUAAUGCAGAGCUGUGAGCAAAGAUUGAAGCAGGAGCGAUAAGAAGCAGGAGAAAACAGUGUGCAUGUGCACUGAUGGGAGCUAAUUUAUCUUUUUAUAUGGCAUAAUUCAUCAGCCGAUCUCUUCAUUGUCCAAGGCACCAAAUUUAGUGAUGUUUCAUUAAAACUCCACUAGGGGUCAGUAUUGUAUCAUCUGAUUGUAUCUGGACCAGGACUCAGGGUUAUUAUAGACUAGUUAGUUUCUUUGUUUUUAAAAGUUUAUUCAGAAUCUGUUUAUUAUCAUCGGUAAUAUAUUUCAGUUUUGUUCUUUCUUGGAAGUUGAAAGUAGCUUGAGUUUUUCAGUUUCAGUUCAUAAAUGUACCACACUGUGAAUUAACAGCUUUGACAUACUUUAAGUAGUUUGCUUCUAUACUUUGAUUGCAUCCAAACUUGUGAAAUAAAAAAAAAAUAUAUUAUUUUUGUAAUUUUGAACACUUAAUUAUGACUUAUUCACAGUUUUUAAUUUUUUCCCCAGUUAAAUGGCUUUUCAAACAUGUUUUCUCAAAUUAAAACCUGUUGUUUGUAGUUUUGUUAAACGUCUUCACAUAGGAAGAAUAUUCUCAUCCACUGA